AUGAAAGACAGAGGCAAAUCUGCAGCUAUGAAAACCACUUAUGAUGAAAAGAACAAAUUUUCAGAUUUUAAUUACUCUGUUUCAUCAGAUAUGCUCUGUAUGAAACACCCAAAUUCAUCUCCUAUUGGGAUUUGCUCUUUUUGUCUGAAAGACAGAUUGAUGAAUUUAGUUUAUUCUGAUCAAUGUUUCUCUGAUGAUUAUAAUACUGAUAGAAGUUGUUAUUCUUCUUAUAGAAAUUCUUCUUCAGUUGAAGUUGGUAGUGUUGGGAGGAUCUCUUUUCUGUUAGAAAAUGAAAAACAGAGCAAAACAGAGCAAGUAGAAAAUCAGAAACAGAGGAAAACAGAGCAAAUAGGUAAUGGAAAACAGGGGAAAACAGAGCAAGUGAUUUUGUUGAGGAGCAACAGCAACAGUGUAGAAAUCAAGAAGAAUCGUAACGGGUUUUGGAAAAUCAAGAGAUUAUUCAAGAAAAAUAGAAAAAUGGGUGAUGAAAAAAGUGAUAUUUCAGUCCCUAUAGGAGGAGUUUGUUCAAGAUCAAGAUCACUUUGCAGUUUCAGAAAUGGUGAUGAUGGUGGAAGUGAAAAUUACAGAUUUUCAAGUGCAAAAAUUUCUGAUGUAACAGGUGGUUUGUUCUUUGAUUAUUCUGAUAAUAUUGAGCAAAGAAAGUGUGAAAAUAGUGGUGAUUUCAAGAAUCCGAGGAAAAAAAUUCCUAAUUCAGAACUAUGUUGCUCAGACUCAUGUCGGAUUGUCAAAAAACGUGCUACUUUUGGAGGAUCAGACAUGCAUCAGGCUACGUUUUUUAAGAGUCCAAGCAAUAUAAAUUCAGAUAGGGGAAAUUUUUUCCAAGGUAAAGAAAGUGAUUUUACUACUACUAGUACUACAAUGGAUGAUGAUGAUGAUGAUUCAGGUUUCAUAGAUUUGAAACUUGAUUUAUCAUCAUCAUUAAUAUCAGAGCCAAAAUUAGAAGUUUUUUCUGGUAAAAGAUUAAGUAAUUGUUCAGAUUUUGGCUAUGAUUAUGCAAAUUCAAUGGGGAAUUUGAGAGGUGGAUCUUGUAGAAUGAUGGAUGAGUAUGACAGAAGGAUGAAAAGAGGUAAUAGAGGAAAAGGAAACAAAGUGUGGAAAUGGAUUUUCAGGAAAAGUAGUACAAGCAAAAGGGAUGAAAUUAAUAGUAAUUUGAUUAUUAAGUCUUGA